GGCGCUUUAGAACUUCGAUAACAAGGUCCCGUAUUUACUCCAGUGAACAGGUAGAAAAAACAGCCAGAAUGAUUAAACAGAAGCAAUACGAUUGGAAAGACAGCAAUCUCGCCUUAUUCGGAUCCGACACGGAAAGACAGGUCAAAAAGGAGUCAGCAGAACAGGAAAAGGCCUGGAAAAAGGCGGGAAAGAAAUGCGGUCUUCAAAUAUGGCGGAUUGUGAAAUUCAAAGUAACGGAGUGGCCACUUGAGGAUUAUGGAAAGUUCUACGAUGGCGACUCUUACAUAAUUCUAAACACUUACAAAGAUGACUCGUCAGAAGCCCUGCAGUAUGAUGUACAUUUCUGGAUCGGGAAGUACAGUACACAGGAUGAAUAUGGAACGGCUGCAUAUAAAACCGUGGAGCUGGAUACCUAUCUAGACGACGUCCCAAUACAACACCGAGAGGUCCAGGGUCACGAAUCCGAGUUGUUCCGAACGUACUUCAAAGAAAUUACAUAUCUCCAUGGCGGAGCGGAUAGUGGAUUCCGACAGGUCAAACCAGAGGAAUACACACCACGCUUGUUUCAUUUCCAUGGCGACAAAUUUGGUGUCACAGUUAAAGAGGUUGUCCGUGAUAAGAGUCGACUAGAUGAUACGGAUGUUUACAUUCUGGAUAAGGGCCUGACGAUCUACCAAUGGAACGGCCAAGGCUGUAAUAAGGAUGAAAAAUUUAAGGCUUUGCAGUAUGUAAAUAAGCUGAAGGCAGAGAGAAGUGGGAAACGGGUAGAUGUUGAAGUGAUUGAUCAAAACUCUUCUGGACAAGAUGAGGAAGAAUUUAUGCGUCAGUUAGAUGGUGGAAAAGAGGAAGACCAGUUUGACAGUUCAUCUGAUUUCGAGGCUGUGGACAAAACAAAGGAAUUAUUCCGAUUGUCAGAUGCCGAUGGAUCUAUGAAGUUCACCCAAGAAAAGAAAGGAAAAGUAUCAAUGGGUGACUUCGACAGCAACGAUGUGUUUAUAUUUGACACCAAAGAUGAACUUUUCGUUUGGAUUGGAAAAGCAACCACGCCAGCAGAACGCAAGAAUGCAAUGACAUAUGCACAUAACUACCUUAUGAAAAGUGAUCACCCUCUUUUGCCCAUCAGCUGUUUAAAAGAGGGGAAAACAACACCCAAAUUCACAGCUGCCCUGGCUGCAUAAACUCGCAUCUACAUUUAUCAUAACAUCAGCUGAUGCCUUACUGUUAUACUUGUGACCUUAAUUCAUGACUUUUGUAUCAGUUCAUAUUAUUAACAGAAAUUAUUUUGUACAUUACCAUUUAGUUAAAUAUUAUUCCAUUAUUUUUUGUUACUUUUUUCUAUAUAUGUAAAUGUUAUAUGAUAAAAAGUCUUCAUUUGAUUCAAGA